AUGCCUGUAGCCCAAGCAGGCCGUGCGAGGCCAUUCCUGGUUGCAGCCGCAGAAGCUGAGCCAGUGGCUUCUCCGGGACCCCCGGGGAUGAGAAUUAGUCAGCUCUCAGGGACUGACUCUGAACCGAGGACGCCCAUCAUCGGAGCAAAGUUCAAACUGCAGGGCAAAUGUUUUUCUAAGAACCAGCAAGGUCUCCGUGUAGCCUAUUCAGAUGCACACAGACCUACCACGGAAUCCCCAGUUCAUGGGACUGUGAUGAGGACUCUACGAGAGAAAGUGAGGGAUGCCCUGCUCGAAGCCCACUCCAGGCAGGCCCUCCGUGAAUGCUCCUCUUCUGACAAAAAUCCUAUCCCGAUAGAGGAGAAAUGGGGCUGGUAUUUCACGAUGGCUACGCUCUUCAUCAGGUCAGACCGCCCCCUUUUAUGGUUGGGGACUGAAGGAGAGGAGAGGAGACGAGACGUUUUCCACAGGACCCCACUGCUUCCUAGAGACCCUCUCCCAUCUUUCACCCCAGCCCUAGCCUGGUGCUACCUCGGGAUGCUGCUGGAGAGGAAGGACACCUUCUCCACCACCCCCAUGGGCGUCCACGACUGCGGGUACUCGGGAACCCACCCUCUGGACUGCUUUGGCAAGGCCAUCGAGAUUGCCAAAGACCAGCCUCUCAUCCUGAAUCAUCUGGCCAGAAUCUUCCACUUUCUGGGAAAGCAGGAUAUGGCCAUUGGAACCUGCAACAUGGCCCUGGACAUCGUGCGAGACCCGGAGCUCAACUGGCAGGCAUACUGCACAAGGGCCAAGAUCCACAUCAGAGCCUACCUGCAUGACCUGGAACGGGCCAAGAUGGGGCUCGGGGGCAUGCCCGACAGGAACCACCUGGCCUGCGCCAAGGCUGACCUCGAGGAAGUGGUCAAGGUGUGCCCAGGCCUCAAGACCUACCUGGACAUUAGCCAGGUCUACUACUACAUGGGCGUGGACGCGGUGCAGGAGCUGCUGGCGGUGGACGAGGCGGCGCUGGACCAGGCGCUGGUCUUCCUGGCCAAGGCCGGCGAGUCGGAGCUGGGCGCCACGCUGCCCGAGCUGCAGCUGCUGCGGGGCAAGUGCCUGCGCAUCAAGGGCGAGGAGGCCAACGCGGCGGCCUGCUUCAAGCGCGCCGUGGAGCUGGAC